AUGAAGUUUGGGAAGUAUCUCGCUUCCAGACAAUUGGAAUUGCCUGAAUAUUCUGGUCAUUUCAUCAAUUAUAAAGCUUUGAAGAAACUUAUUAAACAGUUGGCUACUCCAACCAUUCCUUUAGAUAAACCAUUAUCCCAGGUAGAUAUUCAGAAUUCCCUUAAAGAGAAUAAAGCCAUUUUCUUCUUCAAAGUUGAAAGAGAAUUAGAUAAAGUCAAUUCAUUUUAUCUUGAAAAACAAGCCAAUUUAGCUAUUAACUUGGAUUUAUUGUUAGUUCAAAGGAAUGAAUUGUUCAAUAACAUUAAAAGACUUAUUCUUAACAAAGACUUCAAUGAUUCCGACAGUUUGAAUUCCAAUUUCAGAAAUUCCAUCACUUACUUGAACUUAUAUCAAAAUUUCAAAAAGAUUCACCAAGAUUUGUUAAGAUUACAACAAUUCAUUGAAUUGAAUGAAACCGGAUUUUCCAAAGUUGUUAAGAAAUGGGAUAAAAGAUCAAAGUCUCAUACUAAAGAAUUGUUUAUAUCGAAGGCAGUGAAUGUUCAACCAGUUUUCCAUAAAAAUGAAAUUAAUGAGUUAUCAGAUUUGGUGACUUCAAGUUUAUUUGAUUUGGAAACCAUUAUAGAUGGAGAUUUAACUCCUAUAAAAAACUUUAAUCCUUCGAAUAAAGUUAAUGAUCAAUUAAUUCAUUCGAUAUCAUCAACUUCCAUCACUGAAAAACCUUCAAAAGAACAAACCCCCGAAUUAGUCAAUGACAUAAAUAUGAGAAAUGGUUCAAUAUCAGGAUUAGCUGGUGAUAGUUUCCAUUCAAGAUCUUACUCGAUUGAAAAUGCUGAAAUCGAUGAACUUUAUUCUAGUUUUGUUAACAUUGCAACCAUUAAAGAUCCUGAAUUAUCAUUAUUAACAAGAUGGAUCGAUAAAGUUAGAAAUAGUGCUAAAGUUUCCAUUACUAACCAAGAAGAUAUCGAUAUAAAGGCUUUGGAAUCAAGUCAAGCCUUCCAAGAUUCAGUGAAAUCAAGAUUCUCCAGAGUUUUCCUCUUAUCAAUCACCAAUUUGAAGAUUUCUGAUGCUUUCUUAAAGACUUUCUUGGAAACGAUCAAUGAUAAUAUCGAUAUUUUACAAGCUUAUGAUAAUUUCAAUAAUAAUAAGAGUAUCUUACAUUCGUGUUGUUCUAUACCAUCAUCAUCAACUCAAGAAAGUAGUAUGAUAAUAAAUAACGGUAUCAAAGUAGUAAAGUCAACAGAUUUGAUUAACCAUUCGAGAUUAUUUAUAGUAGAGAAGGUUUUACAGAAGUUGAAUGCUAAUGAUUCUAACAAAUUAUUAAUCUUGAAAGAUUUCAAUGGUAGAAACUGUUUACAUUAUGCUUCUCAACAUAAUAGAACAGAUUUAUUGGAUAUAAUAGUCAAAGUAUUCCCCAAGAACCAUCUUGACGAUUUAGAUAAUGAAUCAAUGUCGCCAUUAUUAUUAGCUAUCAAACAUGAACAUUAUCAAAUCAUUAAACUUUUAGUUGAAAAUGGUUGUGUCAUUUAUCCUGAAACUAAUGACGAUAAGUUACAAUAUUUGCCUAUAAAUUAUGCCUGUAAGACUGGAGAUUUCGAAACAGUGAAAUAUUUAUUGUCUGCCAAUUUGCCUAAUGAAAAGUCAAUCAAUAAUCAAGAUGUUGAAGGGUUAUCUCCAUUACAUGUUGUUGCAAGAUCAGGUCAUCAUUUUCUCAUUAAGUUAUUGGUAGAAAGGGGAGCUGAUAUUAAUCAAAUUGAUAGUUUGAACAAAUGGCCACCAUUAUUCUAUGCUGCUCUGGAAGGAAAUAUUAGAUCAGCAAGGGAAUUAUUACAAUAUGGAGCUAAAAUCGAUAUUGUAGAUGAAGAUGGUUAUAAUGUUUUAUAUUAUUGUGUUGUGGAAGGAAAUAUCUCAGUGUUGAAUGAGCUUUUAACCUUUUAUUCCAAGAUCACUGGUGAAAAGAAUAAUGCUAGUGAUAUCAUUGCCGAUAAUAUUGGCAGUCAUCAAUCAAAAUUUCGAUCAGUAUCCUUUUCAAGAUCCCGUUCAAAAGUUGAAAAAGAAGCAUCCAUGGCUAUUUUGAACGAUGAAAUCGAUUCAGAAGAUAGUGCUAGUAUUAGUGGUAGUAAUAGAGGUAGUGGAUCUAUCAGUAGAAGUGGUAGUGGUGGAUCUAAAAACAGUGAUGAUAAGAAUAUCGAUACUAUUCCUGAUUUACAAUUACCUCCUCCAAUUUUACCUUUAAGAAGAUAUGGUCAUAAUUUCUUAGAACAAAAAGUAUUGAUUGAACUUGUUUUCCCGAACAAUUCUAAUUUGAUCAACUUAUUCAAUGCAACCACUGAUUUGAAACCGGGAAGAAUUACUUUAUCUUCAAGUAUUUCCGACAUCGUUCCUAGAAAUAUCAUUUUGCCUGCGGCUGAUGAAACUAGAGUCGACAGUUGUAUCUUUCAAACUGAUAUAGAUUCAUUAACUGAUUUCAGAAUUGAUUUUGAAAUCUUCCCUAAAUUUGGUACUAGAUUGAUAGCUAAAACCACUGCAUUAUCAUUUGCGACCUUGGAUACUUCAUCACCAGAGAUAAAUUCCAUAAGACUUCCAUUAUUUGAUCUUAGAUUGAAAAACAUUGGUGAACUUAAAUUCAAUUGUCAGGUGAUCUUCCCCUUUGGUGGAGUUUUAUUAGAAGCUUCUAAAUUCGACACUUAUUGGAAAUCUUCUACCACUUUCGUGAAGAAGACCCCAACAACAAUCAAUCCAAGCACUUUAUCACCUAAUGCUUAUUUAUCUCCUUCAAGUAUUUCCAAUACUAUAAGAGAUGUACCACCACAAAAGGAAUCUGUAAAUCCAAGUGGUGCUGUUAGUUCUACCAAUGAAUUAGUUUCAGGUAGUAAUUCUUCUUCUUUUGUCACUGCUACUUCUUUAUCAGGAAGUUAUUUAAGAAUUAAGAUUUGUUUAUUGAAUGAUGGAACUCCUGUUGUUUGUCCUAAUUGGUCUAUUGCUAUCACCGAUACUAUAGACUUAUAUUUGCCUAAUUUAUCAUUAGAACAAUUGACUUCUAUAACUGAUAAUUUAUUUGACUAUGAUCGUGUUUUGAACGAUUUAUCCAAUAUGACAGUUAAAGAUAUUUCUUUAAUCAAGAAAUUGUUGAAGAUCAUUUACUUACCAUUAGAAUUGAUCUUACAAGUUCUUGAUAAUGAAAUAAAUUUGAAUUUGGAAAUUAUUUUCCCUUCAGAAUAUGAAAUCAGGAACCUUCCCUUCAUCAGCAAUGUUUCACUGUCAUUGAAUAAUUUUAUUGAUUUCACUUUGAAUGAUAUUUUCAAUCAUUUAAGAUCUCAAAGAUCAGUUACCAAAAACAACCGGUCAAUUAUCUUUAUGUCACCAAAUUCUUUAAUUUGUAAAGUUUUGAAUUGGAAACAACCUAAUUUCCCUGUGUUCUUGGUAAUGAAUGGUAUCACCUAUAGCAAUGAGAACAAUAUCUUCGAAAGUAGAUCAACCAAUGGAUUCUUAUUGGUGGAUGAAGAAUCUAAUGAGAAUCAAAAUGACGAUGAUGCUGAUAUUCAUGAAAAGAAUACCAAUCCUGAUAAAUUGAUUGAAAAUGAUCAAGAACAAGCUGCCAGAUCCAUCAAAGAUGCUGUCAAUUUUGCUGUUGGGAAUAAUUUAAUUGGAUUAAUAACUUCUAUUCAUUUACUUCGAUUAGUACCCAAAUUAAUUCCAUUAAUUAGAUCUAGAGGUUUGAUUUUGGUAGCCACCAAUGAUUCGUUCCAAGAUGAAGAGAAUAAUUAUUCAAGUAGAGAAUUGGAUACUUAUACUAAAACCGAGAUUAAUGGGUUGAGAUUUGAUGAUGUGUUAACAUUUAAGGAUGAUAUCACAAUGUAA